CACGCUUUCGUUAUUUGUGUGUGUGCCUGCGCAUGCGCUCUUUCAACAGAAAUCGGCUGCUCCUCGAGCGACGAAUGCCCCACGCAACGCGCUUGCGUCAAUGGCGUUUGCCUGGAUCCAUGCUCGUACUCGAAUCUAUGUGGACGUGAUCAAGGAUGUCAGGUGGUUGAACAUCAACCGGUCUGUUCGAGAGCUAUAGGCCGCACACCUGGCUGCGAACAUUGCCCACCAGGCACCAACUGUGAUCCCACAACAGGCGCCUGCAUCAAAGCUAAUGUUACAAUAACAACCACUACCAAUAUAACAACCACUACCACCACCACUACAUCUAACCCAAUCACUGAAGUUACUACAAUAUUCACAAAUAAAACUGGCACCUCCACGCCGAGCACAACCACCACCACUGCUAAAACCACUACCUCAUACGAAACCACAAUCGCCGGCGUCAGUGAAGAAGCUACCACAAUUCCAACAACCCUAUUCACUGAAGAGCCCAGCUCCAGCACAACCGAAUCGGGCAAAGAUUUAGACUUGAAUACGACAAGUAAAACUGGACCACCUAAGGGUUAUCGCGAUGGUGAGAAUAACAUAACAGCCAGUACUGUACCAGAGCAGCCAACCACGCCCACAUUCACCAGUGUCUCAACGUCAUCAUCCUCUUCGUCAUCGUCCACGUCCACCUCCUCUUCUCCGGUUUCAACGAGCAGCAGCAGCUCGCAUCGUGGUGAAGAUAGUAAGGGUCCAUUUGACGCGCGAACCACUACACCCAAAAUGAAGACUACACGCAUUGAUACCUCAAAUGAAUUUGAUUAUAAUCUAACCACUUUAUUGACGACCACACAACGUACCACCUUCCCGGUGACUAUGGUAACUGAACCAAUGAAAGAGGUGGCGGAGCAAACCACAAUGAGUGCUCGUGAUUUGAUAACAACCAUGUUUCCGGUGAUAACACCACCGGUUACCGAACAAUCCAGCGAGUGUCCAACUAUGCCGGGCACGACGACGCCAUUCGUUUAUGAGACAAUCGAACCGCUAACGACAACAACGACAACACCAGCUGCGGCAACUAAUGAACCUGGCACCGCCGCCGCCACUACUCCUCCUCCGACUACUAAAAGCGUCACAACCACUGAAAGUGGUGUCAUCACCACAGUAGCCACUACCUUCAGUACAAUUAGCAACACCUCUACCACUGAUACCGCUAUCACAAUGAUUAACACUUGUACAGAUCAUACUAACUGUGGUUCUAGUCAAUUAUGCGUGCUGGGAGUGUGUCGCAACAAGUGUCGCGAAGGGGACAAAAGCGAUACGGAGUGUGUACAAGAAUCACCUGGCUCACCAAAGAAUCCGGAACCAUGUCAAUCGAACAAUGAUUGCAUUGAGAAUGAAGCAUGUUACAUGGGUCUAUGUCAUAAUCCUUGCGAUUUUGCGAAUGUUUGCGCGCCCACCGCCAAGUGUGUGGCGAAAAUGCAUCGGCCGAUAUGUUCGUGUCCCAAGGGACAUGAAGGUAAUCCGGCCAUCAAAUGUACACCAGUGGAUAGGACAAUUGAGUGCACGCACAAUGCCGAUUGCGAUGUAACUGAGGCUUGCAUUAAUCGUCGCUGUCAACAUCCAUGCGAUGCGCACAACCCUUGCGCACAAAAUGCUGUCUGUAUGAAUGCAAAUCAUGCAGCCGACUGCAGCUGCGUGGAUGGUUAUCAAGGCAAUGGUUUUGUCGGCUGUCAGCCAGCGCUCGAUCAUACAACUGUCUGUCAGUACAACGAGGAUUGUCCACCUACGAAACUCUGCGAUCGUCUCAACCGCCGCUGCAUCAAUCCCUGCUUCGAGGACUCGUGUGGUGAGAAUGCUGAGUGUAUACCCAUCAACCAUGGCAUCGAGUGUCGUUGUCUGGCAGGCUUCGUCGGCAAUGCUUACAUCGAAUGUUCGCAAGUGCAGGGUUGCCGCGCUGAUCGUGAAUGUGACGCCAGUCAAGCGUGCAUUAACGGUGAAUGCGCUUCACCCUGUCACUGUGGCGCUAAUGCACUUUGCGAUGUCGUCAAUCAUCGUGGCAUCUGUAAGUGUCCACCAGGCUACGCUGGCAGACCAGAAGUCGCUUGCAAUCCACCUAUCAAUCCUUGUGACCCCAAUCCAUGUGGCGUUAGUGCGCUAUGCGAGCUUGAUAAUGGUAAUCCAAUUUGUUAUUGCCCCAAGGGACUCACCGGCAAUCCUUUCAAAAAUUGCAUACCCGAAGGCGAUGAGUGUCGCCCGAACCCGUGCGGUCCCAACUCGGGUUGUCGCAUGGUGGGUGGCUCACCCACCUGUUUCUGUCUACCCGAAUAUGAAGGUCAACCGCCGCUUGUGCCAUGCGAAGUGCCGAAGAGCCCCUGCGAUCCAUCCCCUUGUGGGCCGAACACCCAAUGCGCUGUACUUAGUAAUGGCUUCUCGAAGUGUACCUGCCUACCCGGCUAUGUGGAAAGUCCCAACACGAUUCGUGGCUGCAUCGAACCUGUCAAUCCAUGCGACCCGAGCCCUUGCGGCCUGGGCGCUGUUUGCGAUUCUUCGCGCACACCGGUUUGCUUCUGUCCCGACGGCCAAAUCGGCAAUCCAUUCAAGUCCUGCGAAAAACCGCCCGUUUCCGAUGAAUUAUGUACACCUGGCCCAUGCGGCCGCAAUGCUGAUUGCUACAUUACUAGCAACCGCGAGGAAUGCUACUGUCGUCCAGGUUAUAUUGGUGAUCCAAAUCAAGGUUGCCGCGAACCACCACGUAGCGCGUGUGAACCAAAUCCUUGCGGUCCGAAUGCUGAAUGCAUAGUUUCUGUUGAUGGUCAAAGUGCUUGCAUAUGUCCGGAUGGUUUAUCCGGUGAUCCCACCUCAACUAAGGGCUGUCAUGGUUACGAAUGUCAAGUGGAUGCCGAUUGCCCGCACGACAAGGCGUGCAUGGGUUUCAAAUGCUACGAUCCCUGCCCAGGCGCUUGCGGACAAGGCUCCAAUUGCCACGUGGAAGAGCACCAUCCAGUUUGCUCAUGCAAUGCUGGACUAACUGGCAAUCCGGGCAUACGGUGCUAUGCGCUGGACAUACCAAAAACCCCUAGUCGCAAUCCAUGUUUGCCCAACCCUUGUGGCGUCAAUAGUGACUGUAAACUGCUAAACAACCGUGCUGUAUGCUCCUGCUUGCCCGGCUAUUUGGGGGAUCCACAGAGUGGCUGCCGCGCCGAAUGUGAUAUUAACUCUGACUGCGGCACGGCGCAAGCCUGUAUCAACCAUAAGUGUAUUGAUCCAUGUGCUGGCACAGUUUGCGGCAUUAAUGCUAUUUGUAGAGUACAACAACAUACGCCCAUCUGCUCAUGUCUCGACGGCUUUACCGGUGACGCUUUCCGUCAAUGUAUACCUGUUGGCGUGCUUAAGAAUAUAACACGCGACCCAUGCGUCCCUUCACCUUGUGGACCACAAGAUGUUUGCUCGAUAUACGGUGACGGUGUAGCGCUUUGCGACCCUUGCUUUGGGCCUGAUGCACAACAGAACCCACGCUGCCGACCUGAGUGUUUAUCAAACUCCGACUGUCCCUUCGAUCGCGCCUGUUUAGGCCAACGCUGCUUGGAUCCAUGCCCUGGUUCAUGUGGACACAAUGCUGUCUGCAAUGUGUACGAACACAAUCCCAUCUGUAGCUGCCCGCCUGGCUUGUACGGUAAUCCCUACGAGCACUGCUCACCGCCUUCGCCGUUUGUACCAGCACCAUCACCUAGCUGCGAGAAAUUACAAUGUGGCGCCAAUGCGGAAUGUAAGAAACAAAAUGGCGCUUUGACUUGCGUCUGUCGCACAGGUUAUUUCGGCGAUCCUUUCAUCGGCUGCCGACCGGAAUGCGUACUCAACUCAGACUGUCCAGCUGAUAAAUCUUGCGUCAAUUCUAAAUGCGUGGAUUCAUGCGUCGGCGUUUGUGGCAUCAAUGCCAUGUGCCGUAUUGUUAAUCAUGCACCUGUCUGCAUCUGCGUAGAUGGUUAUACUGGCGACGCAGCUGUCCAAUGUAAUCCAUACUACUUACCACCUAGGAAACCAGCGCGCAACCCUUGUGAACCAUCGCCUUGCGGCCCCAACUCACGUUGCAUGAUUUCGCCGGAUGGCUAUGCGGCCUGUUCAUGCCUGCCGAACUUCAAAGGCUCACCGCCAGUCUGUGAGCCAGAAUGCGUUGUCAGUUCGGAGUGUCCGCUGAACAAAGCUUGCAUCAAUCAGCGCUGCGCAGAUCCAUGUCCGGGUACAUGUGGCGUAGAAGCACGAUGCGAAGUCCUUAACCACAAUCCCAUCUGCUCUUGCGAAGCCGGUUUUGAAGGUGAUCCGUUCGUGUCGUGCGGCCGCAUACCAGAGGAAAGAACUGAUCGCAAUCCUUGUGUGCCUUCGCCAUGCGGACCCAAUUCAAUAUGUCAAAUUAAACAAGAUCGGCCAGUUUGCUCAUGCGUUGCCAAUUAUAUUGGCAGCCCGCCAUAUUGUCGCCCGGAGUGCACUUUGAACACCGAAUGCCCAGCGGAUAAGGCUUGCUUACAAGAGAAAUGUCAAAAUCCAUGCGCUAAUACAUGCGGACACAACGCGCGUUGCACAGUGAUUGCGCAUGCGGCGCAUUGUAGCUGUGACCAGGGUUACGAAGGGGACGCCUUCGUUGGCUGCUCGAAAAUUGAUGAGAAGCCAAAAGACCGCAUCGAUCCUUGCUAUCCUAGUCCUUGUGGCGAGAACGCAAUUUGUAGCGAACGUAAUGGCGAAGCACGCUGUAGUUGUAUUGAACCUUACAUUGGCGAUCCCUACACCACUGGCUGUCGACCCGAGUGCGUUUACAAUGCUGAGUGUCCUUCGGCGCUUGCCUGCAUUAAGCAGCAUUGUCGCGAUCCAUGCGUGGGCACUUGUGGCUCGAACACUGAAUGUGCGGUAGUCAAUCAUGUGCCUACAUGCAGCUGCGCGCGUGGCUAUGAAGGCGAUCCAUUCAAUGGCUGCAAGCGAAAGAGUCCAACCCUACCGCUCAGCCCUUGCGAACCCACACCUUGCGGUGCUAACAGCAUUUGUCGCGUGGUGGACGAUCGUCCAACCUGCUCCUGCCAAGUAGGCUACUUCGGCGCGCCACCCAACUGUCGACCCGAAUGUGUUGUUAGCUCGGCAUGUGCACAGCAAUUGGCUUGUAUCAAUCAGAAAUGCACAGAUCCUUGUGUCGGUACCUGCGGCUUCAAUUCCAAAUGCCAAGUGGUUAAUCACAAUCCUAUCUGCUCGUGUCCAGCCGAUUACAUGGGUGAUCCGUUUGAGCAAUGUGUGCCAAAACCUCGCGAACCACCACCGAAAAUAAAUCCUUGCCUGCCCAGUCCUUGUGGCCCCAACGCAGAAUGUCGUGACGUUGAUAAUCGCGCUGCUUGUAGUUGCGCGCCAGGUAUGUUCGGUGCGCCGCCCAACUGUCGUCCCGAAUGUGUUAUCCAUCAGGAUUGUCCAUCGAAUCGUGCCUGUAUACGCCAACGCUGCG